CAAAAUUGUUUCCACUCUUUUACACAUAAAGAAUUGCAUAAUACUUCUGAAAAAUGCUCUGGUGUGAAGUAGCAGAAAUAAUAAAUCGACCUCAUGCAUCCAUGCGGAUAGGUGUCAGUAUUAGUCCAUUAGGAAGAAGAAAAACCAUCCAGACAUACACUACCUGUAAUGAUGGGUCGGCAGAGCGGGGAUCCAUUCGCAAGCUUUAUUAAGAACAGUAUUUACACAGGUAGACAGGGGCAAAGGCAGGUACAUAAACAAGGACAGGCAAUGGUCGAGGCAGGCGGCAGACAAACAGAAUCAGGGUACAGGCAAGGAUCAGGGCAGGCAGCAAACAAUCACAGUCCAGGAAACAGGCAAAGAUCAGGGCAGGCAGCAAGGGUCACAGAGAAUAAACAAUCCAACGGUAACAGGGUAAACAGUCCACAAGAAAACGCUCAGCGUUGAUCACCGGGGCAAAUCAAGACUUCGCAAUGAGGUGGUGUGUGUGUGAGUCCUUUAUAGUCCAGGUAGUGUGCUAAGCUGUAUGUGGCAGCUGGUGAUUGGUGUGGAGUGUGCAUGUGAUUGGCAAGGAGGAUUAUGGGAAAUGGAGUCCAGGAACUGACAGGAACAGACAGUGAUCGUGACACUACCAUUCAAAAGUUUGGGAGAGGCAACCCUAUCCUAAAGUUUGUGAGAAAUGUUCCUUGGGAGUUUGGAGAAGUGGUGCCAGACUAUGUUUUGGGGCGGACAACUUGUGCUCUUUUUCUCAGUGUGCGUUACCAUAAUCUGAACCCAAACUACAUCCAUGAGCGUCUGAAACAGCUGGGACAGAGUUUCACACUCAGAGUGUUGCUCGUCCAAGUCGAUGUGAAAGACCCUCAUCAUGCACUGAAAGAGCUUGCUCGAAUAUGCAUCAUGGCUGACUGUACCCUCAUUUUGGCCUGGAGUCCUGAGGAAGCAGGUCGUUACCUUGAGACAUAUAAAUCAUACGAGAAGAAACCUGCAGAUCUUCUGAAAGAACAAGUGGAGAAAAAUUACCUGUCCCAGGUUACAGAUUGUUUAACCACAGUAAAGUCUGUCAAUAAGACAGAUGCCAUGACUCUGCUGUCUACUUUUUCUUCUUUGGAGGGCAUCAUUAAGGCUUCUAAGGAGGAACUAGUUUUGUGCCCUGGACUCGGUCCGCAGAAGGCAAGAAGGCUUUAUGAUAUACUGCACCAACCCUUCGUAAAGACCAAGAAGAAUGAAAGCGGAUAAAUCCAAACUGUGACUCACAAAAUCACUGUGUCUUAGAACAUAUUCUUUGGUCUAUAAUGAUCUUGGCCUGUAAGUGGGGCAUGAACAGCCUCUAAAAAUCCAAAAUGCAGUGGUUUAUUUGUUAGUUUUGUUGUGGGGAUUUUUUUUUUUUUUUUGGUGGGGGUAUUUAUUUUUUGUAUGUAACCUGAUUUUGUAAUUCUGUAAAAAAAAAAAAAAAAAAAUCCAGUUUUUUUAAUGGGUGUUUAUGAAAAUUUAAAUAAAUAUCAAUAGUAUUCAGGGGUAAUUGUAUGUUAUGUUGUUAUUUUAGAGUGGGGGGUGAGGUUCUCUUAUAACCCCAUGAUUCUUAUUGCAAUUGGAACAAAACCUAUAGAAACCACCUGUCAUAUAAGAAAAAAUGGAUGGAAACAUGUGGACAGACUCAAAUAAGAAUGGAAAUAGGAAUUAGACUAUAUGAGCAAACUGACUCAGAGUAUGAAUGUGUUUGUGGGCCAAAAGUUUAUGGCCAUCACAAAUGCCAAAAAUAAAUGUCAUCAUACUAUCAUUUACUGUCAUAUCACAACUAAGCCAGUGGGAGGUUUUAUACUGCAGUCAGUGAUGAAUAGGAAUCUUCUUAAAGCUGUGUUAAUGUGAAUGUUAUACUGUUUGCAUAGUCCUUAAAGGUAUAGUCCACCCAAAAAUAAAAAAUUCUGUCAUCAUUUACUCA